UGAAUACUUUCCAAUUUACUCUCUUUCCCUCUUUCCUUCACUAUUUUUAUAAUUAAUUUGGUAAGUUACUUAAUUUUAUAACAGGACCUAAAAAAAAGAUACAUUUGUGUGGGGAAGAAGAGGGCAACUUAUUUGUUUGGAAUUGGAAUUGGGAUUGGGAUUGUGAUUGGGAAGGCAUGGAUGUCUUCCGACCGAGGGUUCAUUUUUGCCCCUUUUCAACAAGGAGCACAUAUUUCAGCAUUAGAGCUCGGGCAAGCUUCAAGUUUGAACAAGAAAAUGACCCUUUUUUCCAGGCCGCCAUUGAACGAGCUUCACUUCGUCUCCGGGAGUCUCACUCUCCAGAUCCUCUCUUUAUUGACCCUUAUGUCGGCUGCCUUCUUCCUUCUAAUAGUCUGCAAGACAUGGAUCAACAGCUGCAUCCCUACUGUCUUGCAAUUAAGUUUAUUGAUGACAAGUUGCUCGAAACAAUGCAAUCUACUGAUGGACUGAAACAGGUUGUUUUGUUAACAGAUGGACUGGAUACACGACCUUACAGGCUCAAUUGGCCAACAUCAACUUUAGUAUUUGGCAUAUGCCCCGAGAAAGUAUUUAGAGGAGCAGUUCAGAAGCUUCAAGAUGCUGGGGCUAAGAUUCCAAGAGGAUGCAUGUCUUUUCAUGUCCCAUCAGAGUCUUUUGACAUAGAACAUAUACUGCGCAGUAAAGGAUUCUGCGGUACAAGACCAAGUAUAUGGGCUUUUCAGGGACUGCCUGUUGUGAACUUGGAAAGUUUUAAAGAUAUCUUGUCCACCGUCAGUAAUUUAGCCAUGAAGGGAUGUCUUUUCUUGGGAGAACUUCCUGUCUGGCUGGCUGAAAUUGAUGUUGGAGACCAGUCUGCCAUAAAGAAGUGGCUUGACGAUCUAUUUAUAAGCUAUGGUUUUCGGGUUAAGAUGAUUGAAUAUGAUGAAGUUGCACGAAACCUCAGUAAAAAUUCUGCAAAAAGAGCGUCAGGAGUCAGCACGAGCAUACUUUUUGUUGCAGAGCAUCUACGCUUCUCUGAUGAUCAGGUGGAAAUCUGGAGGACAGAAUUUCAGAGAAUAGAGGAAGAAGGGGAUGAAGAAGGGUUUGAGGAGCUGUAGGGAAGUUAGUAGAGUUUAUUCCUUUGGGGGAUCAGUAUUUUAACUCUCUGUUUUUGGAAUGCCAGCCCUAUACUAUUGCCUUUUUGCUAUAUUUUUACUUUUUCUUUAAAGAUUAUCAGGUCAACCAAGCAGCAAUGUAAAUCACGAUUUUCUCAGUUCCAAAAUUCUAAUAUUUAUCUGUCAAUGUUAAUGUCA